GCCAACUGAAGCGCUGAUCCCUCUGAUGCUCAGUGCUGCCACCUCAUGGGGACACCAGGUUACUGCAACUGAAGGAACCGGUGUUCCGUUUGCUCUGGCGCGUUUCUGCAAGUUGAAACCCGGCCUGAGUUUCAUGUUGGUCUGGUUUCGUGUCUGGGCUCGUCCUGGGCAUGAAGCAUGAUGGGACGGUCGUUUUGCCCCGAAACGCUCCGCUGAGCAGCUGAGUCUGUGUGUCUGGUCGUUUUCCUGGCGCUCCACAUUCCUGCAGCACCUGAAGGCACCUGUGCCAGUUUCAACAUGUGAGGAAAUGAUCAGAGCAGCGCCUGAAGGCAUCGUGAAGGAGGAUCAUCAUCAGUCAUGGCGGGCAGAGGACUGUCGGACGACGCUGCGUCCGCCGCCUGCUCCGAUGGACCCGCCGUCACCAAGGACUACAUGCUGCAGCAGACCAUGCUGCGGGUGAAGGACCCGGCCCGCUCCCUGGACUUCUACACCAGAGUCCUGGGCAUGACGUUGCUGCAGAAGAUCGACUUCCCCUCCAUGAGAUUCAGCCACUACUUCCUGGGAUACGAGAGCAAAUCGGAGAUCCCGUCGGAGCGCCUGGAGAGGACGGCCUGGACGUUCUCCUGCCGGGGAACGCUGGAGCUCACGCAUAACUGGGGCUCAGAGUCGGAUGAAAAGCUGCAGUAUCAUAACGGGAACAAGGAGCCGCGAGGAUUUGGUCACAUCGGCAUCAGUGUUCCUGAUGUUUCUGCCGCCUGCCGGCUGUUUGAAGAGCUGGGAGUGGAGUUUGUUAAGAAACCAGAUUCUGGAAAGAUGAAGGACUUGGCGUUCAUCCGGGAUCCUGACGGCUACUGGAUCAAGAUCUUCAGUCCAAACAGCAUGUCGUCCUUCCACUGAAUCUUUACUGGCACGUUUGCUUUCAUCCUUAUUUUGUUUUCAAAAUAAAAGCCCCAGAAGCAGCUUUACUGUAAA